AUGAUGAUGAUCUUCUUCUUGGGACUUGUGGUGUUGGCGUUCACUGAUGUACGAGGGUUGACGGUGACGCAAGCUCCGGUGAACACGGCGGUUCUGGAGGGUCGGAACGCCACCAUCGCGUGCACGGUCACCGGAAAGGCGGCCACCGAGAGCGUGCAGUGGAAGUUUAAAGCAAACGGGACGACGACAUUCAACCCAGUGACAUUUGAUAACAACAUCCUGGGAUCCACGAGCAAGUACGCCAUACAUAACCCCUACAGCCUCACCAUCAUCAACGCCGCCACCUCUGACUAUGGUGUCUACCGCUGCACCGCCGGAAGUACCGACUAUGACGCUACACUGACUGUCGCUAGUAAGUUUGAUUUCACUUUUAUUCCGAAGCUAAAUAGUUCUAUCAAUUACCUACCGACCGCAGUAAAUAUCGUUUGGUCGGGACAGCCUCACGCCGGAAGUACCGUGAACCUCACGUGCACGGCGACCAACGGCCGCCCCACCCCUGACCUCCGCUGGGUCAUUAACGGGAUGGAGCAGACAUCCAGCGCUGUCCUCGAAACAAACUCCGUCACAGCUAAUGGUUACGGAAACAGCGUCAGCAACCUUCCCCUGGCGUUAACGACAGAGAUGGACGGGCAUCAGGCCAUAUGUUACGUCGCUUACGACGGCUGGAAUGACGCGAUGAAUGCAACACUUACCCUUGACGUCAACGGUGGUGUCAGUAUGCGCAUGCGCUUGUCCGGAAUAGCACUUGCAGUGAUCGUCGCCAUUUCUGUGGUGGUGUAAUCUGGGGGUCAAUAGCAACGGAGCACACAGAGUUUGACCGCCAUGAUGUUCCCAACGAUAAUUGAUUGCUCAGGGGGUUUUUUCAUCUGUUUUUUG